AUGGAUAUCGGUCUCGAGGUGGUCGACACUUUUGUCGCCGACAAGUUCUAUGCUUGGUUGCUGCCUCUCAACAAUGCCGUUGCUGGCAUCAACGGAACCGCACCAGCUGCUGUUUCGACCUGGGAGUACCAUCCUGCUACUCACAUGUUAUACCUCGAGCCGUCAGAAUACGCAUACCAGAGUGCCUGGCCGAGAGAUUACGCUGUCCGUCAGGGCAUCACUCUCUUCUUCAUUACAUGCAACAAGCGACACAACAAAACGACUCUCGAAAGAGAGAUGAACGGAAAAAGAAGAAGGAAAAAACUAACUCGCCAUUCCAGGUUCUUUGGCCUCCUCAACUACUUCCUCCUCGCAACCCUAUCGUAUCACUUGGUCUUCGACAAGGCCACCCUCAAGCACCCCAAAUACCUCAAGGAUCAGAUGUGGCUCGAGAUACACCAAGCCGUCACUGCGAUGCCCGGCAUGGCCAUCCCCACGGCGCUCCUGUUCCUGACCGAGGUGCGCGGCUACACACGGCUUUACGACAGCUCCGAGGAGGGCCCCGGCAUCUGGUACGACCGCAUUCAGCCCGUGCUCUUCAUCUUCUUCACCGACUUCUGCAUCUACUGGAUUCACCGCGGUCUUCACCACCCUCUGAUCUACAAGCGUCUUCACAAGCCUCAUCACAAGUGGAUCAUGCCUACGCCCUAUGCCAGCUACGCCUUCCACCCUCUCGACGGCUUCGCACAGUCGGUUCCUUACCACGUCUAUCCUGUUUUCUUCCCCAUGCACAAGCUGGUCUUUGUUGGCGCCUUCAUCUUUGUCAACUUCUGGACCAUCAUCAUCCACGACGGCGAGUACAUCACCGACAACCCCAUCAUCAACGGCUCUGCCUGCCACUCGGCCCAUCACCUGUACUUUAACUACAACUACGGCCAGUUCCUCACCCUGUGGGACCGCCUCGGCGGAAGCUACCGCAAGCCCAACCCCGAGUGGUUUGACAAGGCGACCAAGAUGAGCCAGGAGACAUGGCAGUCUGGUGUCAAGGAGAUGGAGAAGAUUCAAAAGACUGUCGAGGGCAACGACGACCGAACAUACAGCGUUGGAGUUGCCGCUAAGAAGAACAACUGA